ACAUUCUCCGCCCUGAUCACAAAGUCUAUAUAACAGAUGGUCAUUGACGGAACAGAAUUUCUUGAGUAGAGACAGCUGGUCAACAGAAAAAUCUGAAGUUUUGGUGGGGUAUUCUUAAAAACAAAAUACAGGCUUAACAUGGCCUAUCAAUCGGAGGUGAUCAUUGACGCUCAGCCGCAACCUACAGGCACCAACUACACAUUCACUAGUGAAGGAAGCUGGAAUUCAGACCUGUGUGACUGCUUCUCUGACAUGGGCAUUUGUCUCUGUGCCACUUUUAUACCUUGUGUCCUUGCCUGUCGGGUCUCGGAACAAGCCGGGGAACUCUUCUGCCUCCCAUUUUUGCCGGGCUCUCUGAUCGCCCUCCGUACAGGAGUGCGUGGGAAAUACAGUAUUCAGGGCUCUAUCUGUGAAGACUGGGUGGUCAUGUCUUGCUGCCCGCUGUGUGGCCUCUGUCAGAUGGCAAAAGAGCUGAACAGGAACUGAGACGACCGAAAGAGGUGGACAGACUUCACUCUGGAGGAAGCAAAGGAAGAGUUGAAGAAAUGAGACAAAGCUAACGCUGAUAGAAGAUUACAACGGGAUUAAUUUUCCUACCUCUUUGUUGACUCGAGUUUGAAACUCCACAAGACAAAAUCCUGCAAAAAAGAAUAUGCACCAAAACACACAACCACCACACACCACACAUAUUAUAGGAGAAAGGAGAGGGGGAAUUGCAUCCCAUAAGGAAUUAUAUAAAAUUAUGAGUAAAGUCACAUGUAUCUUCUAGAACCGCGAUGGUGAACCUAGAGGUGGCAUGAAGAGCCCUCACUGCUGGCAUGUGCAAUGUCUCCUCAGUUCAGAUCUCCGUGGCUUUUCUUUCGUGACCUUCUGUUUCCCUGCAAAUGACGAAACAGAAGCUUCCGUUUCGUCAUCUGCAGGGAAACAGAAGCUCACGAAAGAAAAAUAUCUUACCUCUUGCCACGCUGCCGGUGUGGGGUUGCUGCGCCUCCCGCCGGCAAGCUGGCCUUCGGGUCUCUACUCUGCAUGUCUGCGCAUUCGUGCAUUCGUGCGUAUGCAUCUUUCAGUUUGGGCAUGCACAUGCACAGUUUGGGCACUUGGUGUCCAAAAGGUUCGCCAUCACUCUUCUAGAAGUUGUUUUCUUUCCCUCUUUGGUGUCAUCUAGAGAUUGUCCAGAAUCUUGCAGACCAGAUCUGAUAGUCCUAAACCAGCGGUUUCCAAACUUGAAAACUUUUAAGACUCGUAGACUUCAAGUCCCAGAAUUCUUCCAGGCAGGCUGGGUGAAUUCUGGGAGUUGAGGUCCACAAGUCUUAAAACAGCCAAGUUUGGAGAGAGAUCCUAGAAUUGAACUAGAUUCUGAAUGCAGCUGCCUGUUGGUGCUAACAAAAGAGUUAAUCUCUUGUAGGAAGAUUCAAUGAACAGGGAUUUUUUUUAAUGUUUAUUCCCUCUGUCAUUUCCACCUUGAAAUCGAUGCCCUAAUAAAUCCUGAUCUAAGACUCUA